UUUCCGCAGGCAGCAGGCAGGCUGCAGGCAGGCAGGCAGUAGUGUUCAGUGUUUGGGGGAGAAUUGGAGGUGGAUGACUCUCACACACUGACUGGCUGCAGAGAUCUGAGGAAGACCAACUGGGAUAAAACCAGGAUAAACUAAAGCUAACGGUGGGAUAGACGUGGGCUAGACCAGGCUAAACCAGGCUACAACCAAGUCAAAGAAACAAGCAGGAUCUUAUCCAUAUAGCCUGAGGGUUGUGGAUCUAUAACCACAGAAGAGAUGAAAGUGGGUGGUGGGCCUCCACCCUCUUCCCUGUGUGCGUGGGUGGUGCUGCUUAUUUUGGUGGAGUCAGGUGAACCCUACCGGACCCCAUACGACCAGGAACAAGGCCAGAACAGAGACAGGGACAGAGAGAGUACAGACUCCAGGACAGACACCAGGGACUACCACAGAGAUGCCAGGCCAGACACCAGGACAGACACCAGGGACUACCACAGAGAUGCCAGGCCAGACACCUGGGACUACCACAGAGAUGCCAGUGAGGUGAGGGGUAAAGAGUGUCAGCGGUGCUGUGACCCCGGAGAGGAGGUCCGUACUCAGUCUGCCAACCCCCAGUACCCACAACACUACCCACAGUACCAGGCGGUGCCACAGAUCAACAUAACCAUCCUCAAAGGUGAGAAGGGGGACAGCGGCCAGCGAGGGCCCUACGGUAAAUCUGGCAAGUCCGGCCAGUCCGGCCCUCGUGGGCCCAAUGGCAUCAAGGGCACCAAGGGGAGCAUAGGGACCCCGGGUGACCCCUGCAAGGUCCAGUACGCUGCCUUCUCCGUGGGCCGCAAGAAGGCCAUCCACUCCAACGACUACUACCAGACCUUAGUGUUCGACACUGAGCUCGUCAACCUCUAUGGACACUUCAACAUGUUCACCGGCAAGUUCUACUGCUACGUGCCGGGAAUCUACUACUUCAGCCUGAACGUGCACACGUGGAACCAGAAGGAGACGUACGUGCACGUGAUGCAUAACGAGAGAGAGGUGGUGAUCCUGUACGCCCAGUCCAGUGACCGGAGCAUCAUGCAGAGCCAGAGCCUGAUGCUAGAGCUGGAGAGAGACGACCAGGUGUGGGUCCGGCUGUUCAAAGGAGAGAGGGAGAACGCCAUCUUCAGCGAUGACUUUGAUACCUACAUCACCUUCAAUGGACACCUUAUCAAGCCCAAGAGCGAGGGGUAGGGGGAAGGGGUCGGUUGGGGCUGUGUCCCAAAUGGCACCGUAUUAGCUGUAUAGUCCACUACAUAGGGAACGCGAUCCCACUUGGGAUGGAUACUAGGGGGGUUGUGGGCUUGUAUGAUGGACCAGUGUGAUGCGAGAAGGAGACCAAAAUCUGAAGAAGAUUGGUUCCCAGUUCAUAGAAGAAUAUCUUAACUUUCUUAUUGUGUCUUUUUUUGUGUGUUAUUAUUGUAUUUUAAUCCAGAUAUCAAGAGAGACAUUGACUUACUUUGAGAAGUAAACCAAGCCACUUGUUAAUUUGACAAAAACAUGUUGCACACACAGCCUGAUGAAGAUUGACGAUCGGUUGGAGGUUUUGUCAGGAAACAGCCAAACAGAAUCAAUUCAAGAUGGCCACUGUUCAAGAUGUUCAACAGAGCGGAGAAAAAUUAUCCUCAGGGUAGGGACGUCCCAAGGAGCCCACUAACCAUGUUCAAAGUGCCUUGAUUGCGUGAAGCAUCGUCUUGCAGCCAUACCAUUCUUACAGCACUGCUUUCGCUUUUGGCCAGUAAAUAAAAAAAAUGACACAUUGACUCCCUGCAACACUUAGUGUGCAUCCCAAACGGCACCAUAUUCCCUAUUUAGACACAUAAGGUUCUGGUAAAAAAAACAGUGCACUAAAUACGGAAUACCGGUAUGGUGCUAUUUGGGACGCAGAGCCUUUGUGAACCACGUAUGUUGUGUGAUGCAAAGUAUUAUGAUUCGUAUCAACUUUGCACCCAGAUAAAUUGUAUGUGUUAUUAAGAGCACUCCUCCGUCACGGUCCUCGUAACCAGGAGACCAAGGCACAGCUUGAUUGGAAUACAGUCUUCUUUUAUUAAGACAGACAGACAGACAGACAGACAGACAGACAGACAGACAGACAGACAGACAGACAGACAGACAGACAGACAGACAGACAGACAGACAGACAGACAGACCUUGACGCUAUAAACUAUUGCUAACAUACAACUACACAUAAACAAUAACCCACAAAAUACCCAAGGACUAUGGCUACAUAGAUAUGGUCCCCAAUCAGAGACAACGACAAACAGCUGCCUCUGAUUGGGAACCAAUCUAGGCAACCAUAGACAUAUAAACACCUAGAUAUACAAAAACUCUAGACAUCAAAAACCCCUAGACAUACAAAAACUACACAUACCUCCCUCGUCACACACUGACCUAACCAAAAUAAUAAAGAAAACAAAGAUAACUAAGGUCAGGGCGUGACAUCAUAUCUUUCAGAUGUAGAGACAGAUCAUAUUUGUUUGAGUUAGACAUAGAUGAGACAUAUAACACUGUAAACACAUCCAUUUAAAUGUCAAUAUAUCUUUAUUGUCAAUUUGAACUCAAUAGAUCUUUAUUGUCAAUUUGAACUCAAAAUAUCUUUAUUGUCAAUUUGAACUCAAUAGAUCUUUAUUGUCCCCAGUGUAAAACAGUUGUAUACAUAGAUAUCAUAAAACAUACAUACAAUGACAAUGACCUAGACUAGAUAAAGUAACAGGACCUAGACUAGAUAAAGUAACAGGACCUGGACUAGAUAGAGUAACAGGACCUAGACUAGAUAAAGUAACAGGACCUGGACUAGAUAGAGUAACAGGACCUAGACUAGAUAAAGUAACAGGACCUGGACUAGAUGAAGUAACAGGACCUGGACUAGAUAGAGUAACAGGACCUGGACUAGAUAAAGUAACAGAACCUAGACUAGAUAAAGUAACAGGACCUGGACUAGAUAAAGUAACAGGACCUGGACUAGAUAGAGUAACAGGACCUAGACUAGAUAAAGUAACAGGACCUGGACUAGAUAGAGUAACAGGACCUGGACUAGAUAAAGUAACAGGACCUGGACUAGAUAAAGCAACAGGACCUAGACUAGAUAAAGUAACAGGACCUAGACUAGAUAAAGCAACAGGACCUAGACUAGAUAAAGUAACAGGACCUGGACUAGACAAAGUAACAGGACCUGGACUAGACAAAGUAACAGGACCUGGACUAGACAAAGCAACAGGACCUGGACUAGACAAAGUAACAGGACCUGGACUAGACAAAGCAUCAAGACCUGGACUAGACAAAGCAACAGGACCUGGACUAGACAAAGCAACAGGACCUGGACUAGACAAAGCAACAGGACCUGGACUAGAUAAAGUAACAGAACCCAGACUAGAUAAAGCAACAGGUGCUUAAAUGGACUAGACAAAGCAUGGCAUAUCUGUACAUUCACUCACAUAGUUGCAUUCUGGUUGUUUGGUGACUGUGGACAUUCAAACCAUGUAAGAAAACUGUGUCUGUAGGUUUAGGUUAUUGUACUAGGGUGGCGUUGCCCUUCUUUGAAAUAUGAAAUGAAAAACCCAGGACUAAUAUUGAUAAUGCAUGCAUCCCAAAUGUCACCCUAUUCCUUGGACAGUGCGCUACUUCUGACCAGAGCUCUAUGGGUCGUGGUAAAAAGUAGUGCAUGACAUAGGGAAUAGGGUGUCACUAUUCUUUCAUUGUGAAUGUAACCUACCAUGUAUAAUACAACAAUAGGACCAGCUGUACUGAACGUUAGCUGCACAAUCCAACACAUACAGUAAUUACACAUGGAGCUUUUACCUUUUAAAUGGUGUUGUUUGGAUAAAAGAAACAAUCCAUACAGUAUAUAUUGCAUUGUAUUUUGCAAAGUGUUUGAAGUAUAAUGAUAUGCUUUUUAUUAUUGUUAAAUAUUAUAAUGUCAAGUGUAACAUCAGUGGUGAAAAAAAUAUAUACCAAAAUGAUAUCAAGUUUGACAAAAAAAAAAAUAUAUAUAUAUAUAUAUUUUUGUUGGUACCACAAUCCAGUAUUCACUUUUCAUGAAACCUCAAGUCAUUUAGUAUGUCAAGGAUGGUUUCCCAAUAUUCUGUUUAUACAAGUUGAUGACAGCCAAUCAGAUGAAGAAGUCCCUAGAGCUCAGUAUUAGCCUCCAAGGCCAGGGCCCCAUUCCAGACCAAACCCUCACACCCUAUCCAUGGGUCCUAGUUGGGCCUUGUUCCAAAACCAAACCCUCACACCCUAUCCAUGGGUCCUAGUUGGGCCUUGUUCCAAAACCAAACCCUCACACCCUAUCCAUGGGUCCUAGUUGGGCCUUGUUCCAAAACCAAACCCCCACACCCUAUCCACGGGUCCUACUUGACUUCCCCUCAUAGCUUUUGAAUGACAGGUCAUUGUAGGUCAAGUAAUUUAUUCUGAACAAAAAUAUAAAUGUAACAUGCAACAAUUUAAAAUAUGUUUCUACAGUUCAUAUAAGGAAAUCAGUCAAUUUAAAUAAAUGUAUUAGGCCCUAAUCUGUGGAUUCCACAUGACUGGGCAGGGGUGCAGCCAUGCGUGGGCCUGGGAGGGCAUAGGCCCACCCACUGGGGAGCCAGGUCCAGCCAAUCAGAAUGAGUUGUUCCCCAUAAAAGGGCUUUAUUUCAGACAGAAAUACUCCUCAGUUUCAUCAGCUGUCCAGGUGGCUGGUCUCAGUUGAUCCCGCGGGGGAAGAAGCCAGAUGUGGAGGUCUUGGGUUGACAUGGUGACACAUGGUCUGCGGUGGAGAGGCUGGUGGGACAUACUGCCAAAUUCUCUAAAAGGAUGUUUGUCGGCGGCUUUUGGUAGAGAACUGAACAUGAAAUCUCUGGCAACAGCUCUGGCGGACAUUCCUGCAGUCAGCAUGCUCCCUCAAAACUUGAGACAUCUGCAGCAUUGUGUUGUGUGACAAAACUGCACAUUUAAGAGUGGCCUUUUAUUGUCCCCAGCACAAGGUGCAUCUGUGUAAUGAUCAUGGUGAUUAAUCAUCUUCUUGAUAUGCCACACCUGUCAGGAGGAUGGAUUAUCUUGACAAAUAAUAAAAAAAGUUCACUAACAGGGAUGUAAACAAACUUGUUUAUAUGUUUAUAUUUUUGUUCAGUAUAAGUGAAACUCCAGGGUUUUUUCCCCAAUCACAUGUCCUGACUAGAAAAAACUCUCCUAAUUAAUUACUUAUUUUUCUGGACAGGUAACAGGGUCCAGACAAAGUCAUCCAACCCUUUUCGAUGAGCUAAAAUGGAAGUUAAAAAGGAUGUGAACAGGAGGGACAGGAAAUACUUACCCAAGACCAGAAAUGACAGGAAACGGUUUUAGUGCCUGCAGAUGUACAUAUUUGACAUACUGUCAGUGAAAGCUGUCUACUGUUUACUUUCUUUUAAUUUCUUUUAACUUUUUAUUCAUUCAGGCUAGUCAAUUAAGAACAACAUCUUAUUUACAAUGACGACCUGGCAGCCACUACAGUAUGGAUUGUUUGAAAAGUAGUUUUGAUAUAUAAAGAUUAAGCUGAGAAUGUAUAUGGUUCAUAUUCAUUAAAAAUACAACAAAGAAA